GGCGAGAGACGCUCUCUCCCGGUCCGCCCGGAGGCCUCCGCCCGGCCCGGGAAACGGUCCUGCCGGUCAUGGCGGCGGCGCGGGACAUCUUCGCUAGCCUGGAGUUCGGCCCGGUGCCCGAGAGCCACGCAUGCGCGCUGGCCUGGCUGAAUUCCCACGGCCAGGCUCUGGGCCAUUUUGUGGACGGGGACUGGUUAACGCCGGAGGGAAGAGAGACUCACAGCUGUAGGGAUCCAGGCACAGGGGAGUUCCUGGCCAGCAGCCUGCAGGGUGAGGAGAAGGAUGUGGUCGUGGCCGUGGAAGCGGCCCAGCGGGCCUUCAAGACGUGGAGCAGGCUCCCCGGGACCAGGCGGGCUCAGCAUCUGACCAGCUUUGUGAAGACGAUACAGAAGCAUCAGCGGCUUCUGUGGACCCUGGAGUCCCUGGUGUCCGGCCGGGCUGUUCACGAGAUCCGGGAUGGCGAUCUGCCUCUGGCUGCCAGCCUGCUGCAGUAUCAUGCCAGCUGGGCCCAGAUCCAAGAGGAAGAACUGGCAGACUGGGAACCUGUGGGGGUGGUGGCCGUCCUCCUCCCUGGAUCCUUCCCUCUCACUGAGAUGAUGUGGAGAGUCUGCCCGGCUUUGGCCGUGGGCUGCUCCGUGGUGGUCCUCUCGGCUGGCUCCGCUUGCCUCUCCCCGCUGCUCCUGGCCCAGCUUGGGGGGGAGGCGGGCCUGCCCCCCGGGGUCCUCAACGUGGUCACGGGCCCCUCUUCCCUGGGGCCCCUGCUUGCCGCCCAGCCCGGGGUCGGCAAGGUCUCCUUCGCCGGGGAUACUGAGGAGGGGCGGAGUCUGCGGCGGGCCCUGGCCGGGGUAGGGCCGGAGCUGGCCCUGAGCCUGGGAGCUGACACCGUCCUCCUGGUCACCGACUUGGCCGACCUGGAUUCUGCCGCGGAGGGGGCCUUGGAGGCCGCCUGGUCCGAUGGCAGCGCGGGCGGGGCGCGGCUACUGGUGCAGGAGUCGGUGUGGGAGGAGACGCUGCGGCGGGUGCGGAGCCGGAUGGAUCGCCUGCGUGUGGGCCGAGGCCUGGACGGGGCCGUGGACAUGGGCAGCCUGGGAGACGCGGCGCGGGACAAGGCCGAGGCCUUUGUCCAGCGGGCCCGGAGCCAGGGGGCCCAGAUCUUCCAGGCUGGAGACCUCCCCCAGGAAGGGCCCUUCUACCCCCCAACCCUGAUCACUGACCUCCCUGCAGCUUCCCCCUGUGCCCACAGUGAGAUCCCCCGGCCCCUGGUCCUGGCUCUCCCCUUCCGCACGGCCAAAGAAGCUUUGGCCCUGGCCAACGGGACCCCACGCGGGGGCAGCAGCAGUGUCUGGAGUGAGAAGCUGGGCCUGGCCCUGGAGCUGGCCUACGGGCUUCGGUUCGGUACCAUCUGGGUCAAUGCCCAUGCCCUCCGUGACCCCGCGGCCCCUUUCGGAGGCUGCAAGGAGAGCGGGCCGGCCUGCCAUGGGGGCUCAGAUGGUCUCUAUGAGUACCUCCGUCCUUCCGGCCUGACCCCUCGAUGCCACGGAGCCAUCACAGACCUCAACUAUGACACCUUUGGCCUGACUCCUGCUCCCACUGUCCCCGGGGGUCCCCUGGUCACUCCCAGUCCUGCCAUCCCCUACGGCCUGUUCCUUGGCGGUAAAUUCCAGCCCCCGGGGGGCCGAAGCUCCCGCCUGGUCCGGGCCCCUGAUGGAGCGGUCUACGCCCACGUCCCUGAGGGAGGGGCCAAGGAUGUGCGGGUCGCCGUGGAGACCGCCCAUAAGGCUGCCCCCGGUUGGGCAGCCCAGUCGCCUGGGUCCCGGAUGGCGGCCCUGUGGGGCCUGGCCUCUGCCUUGGCCCGCCGGAGCGCGGCAUUGGCAGAGACCCUGAUCCGAGCGGCAGGCAGGAGCCCCGAGGAGGCCAAGACGGAGGUGGAGCUGAGUGUGAAGCAGCUGCGGGUGUGGGGGGCUCGCGCCCAGGCCCAGACCCUGGGGGGCCACGUGCAGGCGGCGAGUCUGAGGGGUUCCGUGCUGCGGCUGCGGGAGCCGCUGGGCGUCCUGGGGGUCGUGUGUCCCGAGGAGCAGCCCCUACUCAGCUUCGUCUCGCUUCUGGCCCCCGCCCUGGCCCACGGCAACGCCCUGGUCAUGGUGCCGGCUGGGGGCUGCCCGUUGCCUGCGUUGGAGCUGUGCCAGGAUGUGGCCACAACCCUCCCCGCCGGCGUGGUGAACGUGAUCACUGGGGACCGGGCCCACCUGACCCGCUGCCUGGCCCUGCACCAAGACGUCCCCGCCCUGUGGCACUUCGGGUCCGCCGAGUGUUCCCAGUUUGUGGAAUGGGCUUCGGCCGGCAACCUGAAAGCUACAUGGGUGAGCGGAGGCCAGGUCCGGGCCUGGGACCAACUUCCCCCUGGGGCCAUCGAAGAGCUGGGCCGCCGGGCCGCCCGAACCAAGAGCGUGUGGCUGCCCGCGGGGGACAGCUGAGAUCCCUGGGCCAGCCAGACCGCCCGCCCACCCACCUGUCGACGGGACAGACCUGAGGCCGGACCCCACCCCCACCCCCUCUCCGCCCCAGUAGUUGACCAGAAUCGGCACUGAUUCUCACUGCCCGCUAACCUCCACCACCACCCCGGCCCCUCCGCUCCCCCAAUAAAUGG